CACAAUAAGAAGAACAAGAAGAAGUUAGCUAUGCCGAUCCGAUCUAGCCCCUUCUUCAAUAUGGAUAGCUCGGCUGUGCUCUCGCUCUUGCGGCACACGGGAAAUUCCGUGGACUCUAAACAUUCGAAGAAAUCUUCCGGAAGCAUUGGUGGAGGGGUUCUCAAAAUGUUCAAGCUCAUACCAAUGCUAUCAUCUGGUUGCAAGAUGGUUAACUUGUUAAGCCGAGGGCAUCGAAGACCUUUACUUAAAGACUACGCAACAACGGGAACAAUAUUCGGUUUUCGCAAAGGGAGAGUCUUUCUUGCAAUUCAAGAAGACCCUCAUUGCCUACCAAUGUUCAUCAUCGAGCUCCCGAUGCUAACUUCGGCGCUACAAAAGGAAAUGGCCUCGGAGACAGUGAGGAUUGCUUUAGAAAGCGAGACAAAGACAUCUAGGAAGAAGGUGUUGGAAGAGUACGUAUGGGGGAUUUAUUGUAACGGCCGAAAAAUCGGGUAUUCGAUAAGGAGAAAGAACAUGAGUGAGGAGGAGAUGUAUGUGAUUGAUGCACUAAGAGGUGUUUCAAUGGGUGCUGGAGUGUUACCUUGUAAGAACCAAUAUGAUCAAGAGACAGAAGGAGAAAUGACUUACAUGAGAGCUCGAUUCGAUAGAGUGAUUGGUUCUAAAGACUCUGAAGCAUUGUAUAUGAUCAACCCUGAAGGUAGUGGUCAGGGCACAGAGCUUAGUAUUUACUUUCUCAGGUCUCAUUAACUGUUUGUUACACUUUUCUAUUUUUGACGUCCUUUGUUACUAUGUUAAAUGGUGAUAAAAUAUUUUCUUUAGAAACUUAAUAUUUU